AUGUGCAUCGGAUACUUCUACGCCAAAUACUACGAGGUUCCGAGGUACGAGCCUCUAAGAGACGACGAAGGCGGUACGGAAAACGAUAUUGGGGUUUGGCCACGAAGACUCCUCCACGUCCCGACAAUGACAUCUUACGAGUGGCAACCUGGCAACCGGUAUGGACGAUACACAAGCCCAAAGUACAACGCUCUCUCGUAUACUUGGGGACGAUUUGCACUGGGGAUUGGCGAGAAAACGCAUGUCCGGGGUCUGAGGGUCAAUGGGAUCACGUGGGAUAUACCGCGCAUUGAUCCCGAAACACAUUUCAGCGUGGAAGCGUUCGAGAAGGUUAUUCGGCAAGCGGUCAAGGAUCACAUGUAUCACAAUCGCUGGUCCGCCAGACAGCGAGACUUGAGGUUCCUAUGGCUGGAUAUCGCUUGCAUUGACCAGACCUUCCCACGAUGGGCCACUCUCGAGAUCGGCAGACAAGCAGCAAUUUUCGGGAGGGCAAAUCGCGUCUAUGUGUGGUUAAGCCAUCAUCAAACGAACGGCUUGAAAAGCUGUCUUAGCGGUAUCCUUAGUGCCAGCGACAAAGCAUACCCGUCCACCGACGAUUUGAGGACAGCAUCACCGCCAAACGUAAGAGAUUUUGCGGGAGAUUGGGUGCAAAACAUGACGUUGGCGCUACACUCUUUACUUGCCGACCCAUAUUUUAGCUCACUUUGGACUCUUCAAGAAGGAUAUCUUAGUCCUGGAGCCAUCCUCAUGUCCCAAGAAGCUGAUACCAUUAUUGAAAAGAACGAGUCGAGUGUCACCCUAUACGACCUUGCGCGCUCACUUGGACGAAUUCACAGAAGGUGCGUGACGUUGAUAGAGGUCGAUUCCAAUCAACGUGACGCAUUUUGGCAUCUUGCGGAGAGGAUUGUCAAGAGUGGCAUCGGCCUGUAUAUCAUGGCACAGCCGAUGGUGUUGUACGGGAUUUCACGAUAUCGGCGCACGACGUACCCACAGGACAGAAUAUACGGGAUCCAACAAGUCUUCGAUUUUAGACUGGGUCGCACAAAUCCAUCCUCGGAUCCUAACCGUUCAUAUACCCUUGAGGAGCUCGAAGAUGAGCUUGGUAAAAAGUUGCUGGAGACUUGGCCAUCAAUGAGUCAGCUCUUUGUUCACUCUAUGAUUCCAUCAAUUGGGAGAGGGUGGCACAUGACCAAUGAGUCUGUGAUCCCUUCUUUUGGCCAUAAUGGUCGACAAGUGCCCUCUGGAUUCCUACGCGCAUGCAGACUAUUGACAGCAGACCACAACGGCGCUACCUGGGGCUUUGUGAAGGGUCUCUCCUGCACCUUCGGACGUAUGAAGGACGCCUGGAGAGAGCUUUAUGGGUAUAAAGACAAUUAUCAGCACGGAAACGUGGUAUUUUGCCACAGGAUCGCGCUUGACGAAGAACUUCGUGCACAGCUCCCGGGAAUACCGAUGAUAUGCCCUCCAGCUGGGCGAGUGCAACACGACCUUGCAGAAGCAAUUGCAGAUUUAGAGAUAGGUACCCAGCUCCGUGUCAUACUUCUCGAUGGUAUUGAGCCUAGUCAGAAUUGGGCAACCUACUACGGCAUCCUUGUGCUCUUUCAGGAGAAGGAGGGAACAAGAUAUUGGCACAGACUCGGCAUUUGUCAGUGGAUUACUGUAGAAGAACUUGACGACAAUGAAGCGGUGCCUUUUCUACGCGGUAUUGGGCCUGAUUGGCAGGAAGUGGAAGGGCUUUACACCUAA